AUGAAGAAAUUAUUGAAAGAAAGGCAACAAACCUCUCCCCAUACUCCUGGUGGAACAUCGAGCACGAGCUCCACGAAUUCUUCAUCAGUGAUAACAGCAAGUACGAUCUCUAAUCAUCCUCACCAUCAUCAUUCAUUCGGAGUCAGUACUCCUUCCGUAGUAUCCUCUCCGUUAGAUUCUUCGUUUUUUGUGACCUCACCUGUUCCAACAACCCCAGGCGUUAUUUCUCUCAUCUCUGCGUCCUCAUCUCCGGCAGUAGCAACCAAUAGCAGCAAUCACCACAGCACUAGUAACAACACUGCCAGUGUAUAUAACAGUAUUGUAAAUGCCCAAAUGAAAAUGGAACCUAAUACCCCUACAUCGGCAUUGUCAGGCAUGAGCCAUCUCAACUAUUACCCAACAGCUGCAAGCAUGAUGCAACAACAUUCUCUUCCAUCCAUGAGCUUUGGUAGUAAUAAUGGAAGUUCACAAAAGCAAAGCAAUCAUUAUCCUUCGACUUCAUCUCUUAGUUUCUCACACCUGCCUCCAAUUCAAAGCAAUAGUCAAUUGGACAAACAGCAACCAUCUAUUUAUCCAUCAAACAGCCAACACUCUCUUUCUGACAUGCCUCUUCCAAGCUUCUCAAUUCCAUCUACUGUUAUUACUCCAACUACUUCCCAACUUUCAUCAUCUGCUGAUCAACUCCACAAAAAGUUCUCAGCGCCAAACUUGACUGGCAGUAGUAUUGCCAAUGUUUUCCAACAACCAUUGACAGAACCAAACAAUUCUGCGUCAUCAAAUACACAAACAUCUAAAUCACCACUCCCUCAUUCAUCUACGAGUUCUACCAUUGCCAGCGCUGACAGCCCUGUUGUUGAAUAUAUGGAUGAUGACGAUGGCUGGAUUGUCCAAUGGUUUAAUGAGGACAAGAGAAAAAAGUGGAAAGUUAAAGUUCCUCAAUUCAAGUAUUGCAAGAAGAGAAAGGAGCAUUUUGAUAAAUCAUUCCCUGAUACAUGGUAUAAGGCUCCCUACAAAUAUCACAUGCAUCUUGAAGUAGCCAACAUCUUGCGAGAAGAGAAUGUGAUGGCUCAAAUUGACCUCAAUUAUGAAGAUGGUCAAAAGGUUCUUUCUCAACAAAAAACAAAAGAGUCUAAAAAGGGAAAGAAGAAGAAGAAACAAGAUGAUAAGGAAUCAGGAGAAGAAGAGAAAAAGUCAGAGGAACCUGUAAUUACCAACAAUGAAAGCUAUUUCAACUACCAAUCGACAAGCAAGUCUACUGUGACUAUUGGACCAUUUAUGUACAACAUUUGCAGCUACAAACAAGAAGGAAAGAAAUUCCGUAUGGUUGUUUACCUUUACACCAUUAAUAAUACCACCCCUUACCAUCCAUUCCAAACACAACCUGUAGAUAUGAACAACAAUGCAGUUUUGUGCUGUUGCCUGAUUUCCCCAAGUUUUACAAUUAGAGCUAAGAAGCCAAUCGUGAAACCUGGAAUUAAAUCAAAGAGAAAGAGAGGCGCUGAGGACGACGACUCAAAGAGUGGCGACGAAGAAAUGGAUUAUCCUCCUUCCCCUACUACAAAUAACCACAAAAAGAUGAAAGAACCAACCAAUGAUAGCUCAAUUCCUGUCAAUUUCCAUCCUCGACCUCACGAAAACUCCCUUACACAAAAUGCAACUCAAGCCAUCGAUGAAUUACUUGAAAGUUUGUAUCGAAACAAUGCUGUCUUUGACCCAUCUCUCGUUGGAACAGCAAGUAGUAGCGCAGCAAGUUCAAGCUCUGCAUCUGCCUCAUCAAGCAGACAAGAAAUCAACCCAGAGGAAAAGAUUAAGAAUAUUACUGAAACAUUCCAAAACAUGGCUGACUCUGAGAGAAAGAAAUUACUGAAUAACAUUAUUGAAAGCUGCUAUCCACACGAAAAAGAAUAUCUUUAUAGAAAAUAUUUCGAGAAUGGAUAUUCAGAUUUUGGUGACUCCUCCUAUUAUCAAAACCAAACUCAGCCUGCUCACAUGCAAACCAUGCUUCAACAAUAUCAAAUGAUUCAACAGCAACAACAAGAUUUAUUUGCCUACUUUGCAGCUCUUAAUAACAACCCUGCAAUGGCUGGAUCUUCGAACAUGCAACUCGUGCAACCAUCGGCCUCUUCCACAGUGGUUAGCGUCGGCUCCUCUCAACCUCAAUUCCAAGCGGUUCAAGUGCAACCAGUAAUUAUUACAAAUGCUGCUGCCGUUGCAAAUAAUUCAACAACCAUGCCUCACAAAGCAACUGCUGUCAUUGUGAAUCCAUCCUCUUUGUCCUUUGCUUCAAAUCAUCAACCCAGUGAUGUCGAUCAAUUCUUUACUGAACUAUUUGAUUAA